AUGCCUACUGAUCGUUUUGCACCUUAUCCAUUACCACCUCAUAUUAAUCACAAUGAAUAUCGAAAGAAUGCAAAACCAAUUAUGGAAAAACGAAGACGAGAAAGAAUUAAUCGAAGUUUAGAAGAAUUAAAAAAUCUUAUUCUUGAUAAUGCAACAACAAAUAAUGUACGUAGUCAUAAAUUAGAAAAAGCAGAUAUUCUUGAAAUGACUGUUAAACAUUUACGAGCUGUUUACAAACAUAAAUUAGCUACUGCUGCUGCUACUGAUCCAACUGUAGCUUCAAAAUAUCGUGCUGGUUAUGGUGAAUGUGCCAAUGAAAUUAUACGAUUUUUAACUACAACACCAAAUGCUGAUUUAGAAUUAAAAACAAAACUUAUAUCACAUUUAUCAGCUCGUAUACAAAAUCUUUCGUCAUUAUCAAUUUUACCACCUAUUCAACCAACAUUAUCACAAAUACAUCCAACAACCAGUUUGUUAACAAAAACAGAUCGUUAUUCCGUUAAUUCAUCAACAAAUAAUCAGUAUAUUUUUAUUUUACCUCAACAACAACAACAUCAGCAGAAAAUUCAAAAUUCAUCAGCAACAUUUGAUGAUGAUGUUGAUUGUAGUUCAACAUCAUCAAAUAAUUCAAGUGAUUGUGAAUCAAAUAAAUCCGAAGCACGAACAAUAACAACAACAACAGAUAGUCUAAAAAGUACAAUGAUUGAAUCACCAUCAAAAGUAUGGCGACCUUGGUGA